AUGAAGCUCUACUACGUCGGCGUCCUCGACAACACGAAGGCGCCUGCACUGCAGCUAUGCGCAGCACACGAACUCAGCGAUUUCUCGCGGUUUACCAGAAACGAGUAUGGGAACUUUAUGACCAUGAUCAGCAAGACCGUGGCCGAGCGCACCAAUCCAGGUCAGAGGCAGAGUGUGGAGGAGCAAGACUAUGUCGUUCAUUGCUAUGCUCGGUCGGAAGGCGUCGCCGGCGUGGUCAUCACCAAGGACUACCCCCAUAUCGCAGCUCACAGCGUUCUCUCCAAGCUCAUGGACCAGUUCCUGUCCGAGAUUCCGCUUGAUACCAUCAAGGCCGCCAACAACGACGGCGAUGUAUCGUUCCCCGCCCUGCAGGAUUACUUGAACAACUUCCAAGACGCGAAUGAGGCCAGCAGCAUCGCCAAGAUCCAGCAGGAACUGGACGAGACCAAGAUUGUUCUCCACAAGGCCAUUGACAGCGUCCUGCAACGUGGCGAGAAACUCGACGACCUCGUGGCCAAGAGCUCCGACCUGAGCUCGCAGAGCAAGAUGUUCUACAAGUCGGCCAAGAAACAGAACUCGUGCUGUAUUGUCAUGUAA